ACGAAAGAUAAAGAAUCGUACGUUCUUCGGUCGAUUAUAUAAGAAAAAUUAUCGAAGGUCUAUAUUACAGCCGAUUCUAAGAGAAAAGAUCACUUUAAAGUAGUCCGCGUAACUCGUCGGUAAUACCAAGGUCGAAGUCUUUCGUUCGUGCGGUCGUUGUAUCUGAAACGAUCGAUCAACGACUACCGAAGACUGCCUAUCGAAUCGGAGCUGUGCUACCAGAGGCAGAAGAAGAACACGAGAGAGAGAGAGAGAGAGAGAGAGAGAGAAAGAGAGAGAGAGAGAGAGAGAGAGAGAACGAGAGACAGAGACAAAGACAGAAAAUGGCCCCCACUCAUCGCGAGGAAGAAAUAGAGGGGCGCUCGUAUAAAGAGUAUGCUUACAGCCCUGUACCAGCGAGUUCCUCCUCGGCUGUGUACGAAACAACCACCACUACCCUUGUUAAAGAACCCUACGUUAUAUCUACUAAUAACGGAGAAGAGUUUAAAAAAUCUACAUUUGGAAUCGUUACGAGCAAGUGCAGUGCUGCCGAAAUGGGUGAAAAAGGAUCUACUCUGUUGCAGUAUAUUGCUGCAGCUGCAGCCAAUCUCAGUAUAAUGGCGACAGGAGCGAUGUUGGGCUGGACCAGUCCGAUAUUAGGUAGACUUAUGGUGAAAUCCGAUGACAAUCCUUUGGAAACUCCCAUUACCGCAGAUGAAUCAUCCUGGAUCGGAUCGUUGGUAGCCAUUGGUGCUGCUGUUGGAAGUUUCGCGGCUGGAUAUUCCGCUGAAAGAUUUGGCCGAAAAUACACUCUAUUAUUUUGUGUCGUACCUUAUUUGAUCGGUUGGGCGUUGAUAGCUACGGCACACAAUGUAGCUCAGUUUUACGUUGCUCGAUUGAUAUUUGGAGUUGCCUUGUCCUUCGCCUUCACUGUCGUACCUAUGUACGUGGGAGAGAUCGCAGAGACAUCCAUCAGAGGAGCAUUGGGAUCCUUUCUUCAAUUAUUCAUCACGUUUGGAUUGCUCUAUUCUUACGUCAUCGGUCCGUACGUUUCUUACACGGUCUUUUGGAUCCUCUGUGCUUGUCUACCGGUCAUCUUCUUCGUUUUAUUUCUACUAAUGCCAGAAUCACCUUACUAUCUAAUCUCCAAGGGUAACAGAGAAGCUGCCGUUACUGCGUUAGCCAAAUUACGCAGCAAGAGCGAAAUGGCUGUACAGCAAGAGGCAGACGACAUACGGGAUGCCCUCGAGGAAUCAAUGAAAACGCAAACCAAGAUUUCGGAUCUAUUCACCGUCAAGGCAAAUUUUAAGGCCCUCAUAUUCACCUGUUUCCUGGCAUCCUUUCAACAGUUGACUGGUAUCAACGUUGUUCUAUUUUACAUGCAAAGUAUCUUCGCCGCAACUGGUAGCACCAUGGAUCCAAACGUGUCUACGAUCAUAGUUGGUUCCGUUCAAGUAGCCGCAUCUUUUGUCACGCCAUUGAUCGUCGACAGAUUGGGCAGACGAUUGCUUCUCAUAACUUCCGGCAUAGGAGAGAUCGUUACUUUGGCUGCUCUGGGUCUUUUCUUUUAUUUAAAAGACGUCAAAGAGGACGUCGAAGUCGUGGAAUCGAUCUCGUGGCUUCCGGUGGUUUCGCUCGUCAUCUUUAUCGCCACUUAUUGCAUCGGUUGGGGACCUCUUCCAUGGGCAGUGAUGGGCGAGAUGUUCGCCUCUGACGUAAAGUCGAAAGCUUCCGGUAUUACAGUCUCCAUGUGCUGGUUCUUGGCUUUCUUCAUUACGAAAUUCUCGAGCAACAUCACCGAGGCCUUCGGCAAUCACACGACCUAUUGGAUGUUCGCCGUCUUCUGUGUUAUCAGUGUUCUAUUCACCAUAUUUGUACUACCUGAAACCAAGGGCAAGAGUUUGCAACAGAUUCAGGACGAGUUGAACGGCGUGAAACCGUCGAUGUCCGAAUUCAGUCAUUCUGUUUUACCUACCAAACAAUGAAGAUAUCUUUCAGGGUCGGAGAUGGUUCGUAUUUUAAAUGACGAUCAUUGUCCUAGCACGAGUUAUUACGGGUCAUUCGUUAAUAAAGAAGACGCGUAGCAUUAUGAUUGUCUUUCUUCGGCCCUGGCCACAAGAUUCGAUGACUUUUGGUCCUCGACAUAAGUGGCGCUUCGGGAAACACGACGAACCAACAAUUUUCUUUUUUUUUUUUUCUUUUUUUUUUUUUAUCAGUAUUGGACAGGAAGGACGUUUUACACAACCCUUUUGUCCUCGACGUCGUAUCGUAUGAGAUCUUCCCGAACAUUCCCAAGGGAAACGUGUAUCUCUGAGAUCCUAAGAUCGUAAUGAUUGUGUUCCGUGUCGAGUUGUCCGUGAUAAAAUAGAUAUAAACUCUUCUUUUCUCUUCUUCAUUUUAUAAUAACUCGUAAGAAUACUAUAAGCGCAAAACACUAUAUUUUUUUAAUGAUAUUUUAGCGAAGAACUUUUGAAAACGUCGACGAUGACGGCGACUAAGAGAGAGAGAGAGAGAGAGAGAGAGAGAGAGAGAGAGAGAGAGAAUGCGUGUAUAUUCCCUUCGCGAGUAUGAGAACUCGUCCGUGUCACAUUUGUUUCCUUUCUUCUUUUUCCUUUUCUUUUCUUUAUUAUUAGAUUGAAUGAUGUAUUAAUUUAAAUAAUAGAAUAGCUUUUUAUUCGGAUUCCAAGCUAUACUACGUAUGUAAGUUUCUUUAGCGUGAAUCGAGCCUGAUGCAAGUCGAACUGGGAAACCGGACUGAAGCUCAAUCGACUACUACUAAUAUUAUUAUUACUAUUACAGCUCCGCUCGUUUCUUCGAUAUAAACGUCAUGAAUAUUC